UGUAUGUUUAUAUGGCAACAGCGCACAAUUAGUUAUUGAUAGUUGAAGUAUGACAAGGGACUGUUAGCGCUUUAGUUGCAUUAUUGUGUUCGUAUAAAUUGGUUGUUUCUUGUUUGCAUCUUUUGUUUUUACUUAAUAGGAUAAAGCCGAAAUAAAUAUAUUCUAGAGAAUUUGCAAUGGAGAAUCCUGAAGAAAUUCUUCAUAGCCUUGAAGAAUUUUCGAAAAUGAAACCGAAAGACAUUCCACGAGAAUUAGAAGAAUAUCUUUGUUUUGUUGCUAAAACAGGAAAUCCAGUUUACCAGUGGCCUGUUAUUAAGUCUCUUUUCCGAGAAAAAUUGAUCAAUGUUAUAACAGAAUUUUAUGAAACUUGUCCUUCUAUGGAUAUACCGCCUUGUCCGAAUGUAGAAAUGUUUAAUUAUGAUAUGAUGAAAAAUUUUAUACUAGAGAAGCUCGACACUUUCGCAGCAGCACCAUUUACAGUCCAAAGAAUAUGUGAACUUUUGACUACCCCGAGAAAGGAAUACAGUAGAAUUGAUAAAUACAUGAGAGCAUUGGAAAAGAACAUUUUAGUUGUCAGCACAGUAGAACCAGGUAGAAGAUCAACAGAAAAUGGCGAAGAAGGUAUUAUGAAUGGAAUUGAAACUGAACAUUUACCAGAAAUAAAUAAUGAAAGAAAUGAUAUUAACAUUGAAGAUAUGGAUGAAAGUCCAAAUUGGAAUAUGCCUGUUGAAUAUAAAGAUGGAGAGAAGGAAACUGAGGACCUAUUGAAAACUGAAGUCGAAACUACAACAAAAUUUGAAAGUGAAGAAACAAAAAGUGUGAUAGUUUCAGAAAUUCCUGCAAGCAGUAACACAGAAGAGGCUAAAGUAGAAACACAAGAGACUGUAAUAACUUGUACUAGUACAGAAGACCCAAUAGAAACAUACGUUUCCAUAGAACCACAAGAAACAUAUCAAAGUCUAUCAGAAGAAAGCAAUAGUAAUAGUAGUGACUCGUCUAGUUCACCCUCUGCAGCAGAAAACAAAGAAACAGUUCCAGAAGAUAAAGAAGUGAUAGAAGAAAUAAAAGAAGACAAAAUUAAACCUAUAGAAGAAGAUUCCCAGAAGAAUGUAGUUAAAACAGAGGUUGCUAAUAUUGAACCAGAACUAGAAGUAAGAAAAGAAAUUUCAGAAGAUACUCAAUUCGAACUUAUAACUUUACAACCUGAAAAACAACCAGAGAACGAAAAAGAAAACGUACAAACAGAAGAAAUAAAUACAGACACUCCUAUUCCAGAAGUUUUAACACCAACAGAAACUGUUUUAGAACCAGAAGAAAUAUUAGAGAAAGUAGAGGAACAUAUAGAAGAGAAAAAACAAGAUGUUAUCGAUCAACCAACAGUUACUGAAAUACCAUCAAAUGAACCUGAAAAAUCGGAUAAAGUAAUAGAUAACUUGAAAACAGAACAAGAAAAAUGUGUGGAAACUGUUAGUGAAACAGCCAAAACUAACGAUGAAGCAGAAGAUGUGAUAAACGAUAUUGUAGAAACAAAAGAGCAGUACAAAGAGUCUCCAAUGGAAGUUGAUAGUGGCCAAGAUAAAAAAACAGUGGCAGAUGAACCUAGUUCUUCGACACCAGAAUCAUUACAUGAUGAUUUGAGAUUCGAAAAAAGCAUUUUGUAAGUGUAUGUAUUCCUGUAUUUUGUUCACGAGAUUUUUAUAAGAAAAACAUUCGAUUUUCACAAUUACUGAACAAGCAAUACUAACGAGAGAAAAUAGGAGUUUGUUAAAUUGAGUAAACACAUUCUUUUAGUUUUAUUUACGUUUCAGUAUUUGGGCCUUAAAGCGUUUGAAAAUGAUUACAAUGAGUUAUGAGUUUCAAAAGUAGUUUAAAAUAAACUUGGAGUGUAUAAAAACGAUGCUAUGAGCUUGAAAAGUAGUUCAAAUGUACCAUGAAUUAUAGAAAACAUUGUGCUUUGAGCAGAGUAUUGAAAGUAGUGCUAAUGAAAUCUAUAACGAUUACUACACCAUAAAUUUGAAAAGUAGUUCAAAUAAACCAAGAAGUAUAGUACUAGGCGCCGAGUUUCGAAAGUAGUUUAAUCCAAAGUAAAAGUAACCAUGAGGGUAAAAAAUAGUUCAAAUGAACCCUUAUGUAUAAAUAAAAAUAUGUACUCUGUUCUAAGCUUUUAAAUUAGUUGAAAAGGAACUUGAAGGUUCAAAAAAGAUUAAGUACACUUCGAUUUUAGAAAAUAGUUGCCAUGAAACUUCAAAUGUAUUGAAAAGUUCUACUAAACACUCAAUUUUCAAAGAAUGUAAUAAUUACUGUACCAUGACUUAAAAAUUAGUUCAAACGAACUAUAAAGUAUAGAAUACGUUGUACUUGUCCUUAAGUAGUGACAGUAGUUCAAAUUAACCCCGAUUAUUAAAAAAAGUGUGCGUCUGGCUGUGAGCUUUGAAAUUAAUUAAAAAGCUACUUAUACCUAUACCAAGCUUAAAAAGUAGUUCAAAUGAACCAUAAGUAUAGAAAACAUUAUACUUGUCCCCGAGUAUUGAAAUUAGUCCAAUCGGAUGUAUAUAAUAACCACGAGAGUGAAAAGUAGUUCAAAUGAACCCUGAGAUAUAAAUACAACUGUUUAUUUGGCUCUGAGGUUAGCAACUUUAAGUGCAUUAAAAAAGUUAUUGGAAUCGAAGUAUGUAAUAACGAUUACUACAAUGUAAGCUUGAAAAGUAGUUCAAAUAAACCCUGAUGUGUAGAAAAGAUUUGUUCAAACGAAACUUAGAUUGUAUUGAAAAUGUCUAGUAUCAACUCUUAAGCUUUGGAAGUAGUUCAAUUGAGGUCUAUAACAGUGAUUAUUACACCAUGAGCUUAAAAAGUAGUUCAAAUGAACACAGAUCCGGAGAAAAAAAUUGUGCUUGAAAGUCUAUUAAAAAGGUUUACAAAACCCUGAAUUUGAAAUAUAGUUCAAUUGAACCUUGAAAUUUCUACAAACUUAAGUAGUAAUACUUUGUAAUUUGUUUUGAAAGUAGUUUCUUAUUAGGUUAUUUAUUCUGGUGAAGUUAGAUUUACACAAAAUAGGGAAAAAAGUUAGAUUCUAUAAAUUUAUUUAAUUCCUAAGUUUGAUAUGACUAAAAUAACGAUCUUUUAUGAUUUACCUUGAUGUCAAAUAAUUUGUUAUACAAUUUAAAUCGUUAAUUAUUAUUAAAAACUAAUUAAUAUUUGAGAGAGUUAGAUUAUCUUUAAUAUUUAAUAUAAAAAUUAUUUGUUUCCGAGCGUUUUAACCCAUUUACCAUACUUCGUAACCCAUGAUUCAUGUUUUUUUUAAAUUUGUGAAGUUUUGAAAAUAAUUUUAUGUACUCUGACAAUAUAUCAACUAAAGUAUGUAAAUUAUGAAAAAAUUUUCACUGCCCAGUGUAUUUUUGUCGCAUUUUGUAUGAAAUGGUUGUACAAGAAACUUCGAUUUUCUCUUAAAUGAUAAUUUGUAUACAGACGCACUUUUUAGAUAAUAAAGUUCUAUUUAAUAACGAA